ACAACUCUGCACUUGUCAAUCUCUUGUUUUGUGGCACAAAACUUGUUUGCGAAAGCAAAACGAAGAAAAAAUGCGUGCUUGUGGUGCAUAAAAAUAAUUUUAAAUUACGGCAAAAGAAUAUACUACCUAAAAUCGUUGUGUUUGUGCAGUAAAACCUCCCAUAAAUUCGGUUAUUUAAAAAGUGUACAUCGCUUGCCGCCUUCUACGCUGACGCCGAAGUUGAAGCAGACGCCGACGCCGACAGACAACAGUAACAAUAUGGCUUCCGAUAUUGCGGUGGUAAACAUUGGCAACUUUGAAAAGAUUCAAAACUUUUUAAAUGACACCGCCUACAAGGAGAUACUGGAAAACAGUGAGAACUUCAACACGCGACUCUGCAUCGAGCGGCGCCUCCGUAUGCCGUUCCUUGACCCCCAGACUGGCGUAGCGCAGACACAUUGCGCGCUCUUUAUGAAGCGAAAGCAACGAAUGCCCGGCUUUCGACAUGGCCAAAUUUACACCUAUCCAUCGGCACGCUGGCGCAAACCAAAGCGCCAAUACUUGCUGAAUCCGCAUCAAAGCUACCGUGCCUAUCAAUAUCGGGAGCACCAUAUGUCUCAUCAGCAUCAGCACCAACAUCAGCACCAGCAUCAUCAUGUGCCCACAACUGGCUCGGGAACUGUCAAUGCACGUGACCAUCAUCAGGCGGAAAGUGCAGCAAUUGCUGCCACAGACGGCAACUCGAUGGGCGCUUCGGGCGACAAUGAUAGCAAAGAUUCGCAUGCGAAUGCCGAAAAGGAUUGGUUCCACGAGGAUAUGGACUCGUCGCAUUACCAUCACGCAGACGACUACGAAGAUGACUUUGACUCGGACAACGAUUUCGACGAAUCGUACAGCAGUCGAGGCAAACGCAAGCGCGGCUCACGCUCACGGCGUUCCAAUGCCAAUGUGGACGGAACUCCGAAGCGCGGACGUAAAGGUGGCGGCAGUCGACGUCGGAAUGCCAACGAUGGAGACGCAGCGGACAGGAGAAGACGCGGCGGCGGCGGCGGCAAUGCUGGCAACAAUGCAAACACAUCUGCCGCAGCUGCAGCAGCGGCCGCGGCUGUUGCACAUGCCGCAAGCACUGCAGCAGCCGCCGCAGCUACAGGCCUCUAUGCAACGCACUCUAACUCAGCAUCACCGAUACCCAUUAUCGAUGAAACCUCACAGUCAGCCAUGGUCAUGUCGGCAACUCUACCAGCAACGUACGAGAAGAAUCCUUUAAACGAUGCAGGCGCUUCCAAUGAUUCAAUUCCUUUGGCUACCAUGGCCAGCAUGGGCAUGGCAGCAGCUGCAACAACGGCUGCUACUCCAGCCAUAUAUACGACGGUGAAUGCAUCGCCAACCACGCCAUUGGCUAGUCCCAAAAAGCACAAGAUGCGCGCCGAACGUGAAGUGGCACAGCCAUCGCCAUAUUGCGACUUCUGUUUGGGCGAUCAGCGUGAGAAUAAGAAGACCAAUAUGCCCGAAGAGCUGGUGUCUUGCUCCGACUGCGGCCGCUCUGGUCAUCCAUCGUGUUUGCAGUUUACGCCCAAUAUGAUAAUAUCAGUGAAGCGCUAUCGCUGGCAGUGCAUUGAAUGUAAAUACUGUUCGAUCUGUGGCACAUCCGACAAUGAUGAUCAAUUGCUUUUCUGCGACGACUGUGAUCGCGGUUACCACAUGUAUUGUCUAUCUCCGCCACUGGUAACUCCGCCCGAGGGCUCAUGGAGUUGCAAACUGUGUAUGGAGGAAUUUCACAAGCACAAGUAAAACGAAACAAAUGACAAAGGAAUUGACUCGGGAACUGAAACAUAAGAGUGGAGUGAUGAUAGAAUUGGGCGUUGCGAUGCGAAGUGCGAUCUCCGUGUUGUUUGUUUGAUUCCACUCAUAAGUAUAAUUUUACAAAUUAGUCUCCCCAUCCAACUCAGCCGCGGCAGCUCUUGAAAUUAAUUAUAAUUUAAUGUUCAUCUUAAGUAUUCCUUAGUACUUUUUUAAUUUUAUGUACCUACUUAAUUUAAUAAUUUGAUAUACAUAUUUGUAACUACGCUUAUAUGGACCGACCCAAGUAUUGUAAGUAUUUCCAGCCUUCCGCGCAAAAGUGAUUGUCACAAUGUUCAUUACACGAGGUCCUUAAGCAAAUCCAAUCCUUAUCGUAUCAUUUCUUUACAACAUUUUGUGUAAAUUUACGAUCUAUUCUAUGAAAAUAUAAUUAACAUAACGCCAAUAAAUACUACAACACUUUUUGUA